CCAUGUGUCUCUUUCCACAUUUACAUAAAGCUCCAUGAAACACACACAGAGGGAGAGAGAGAGCAAAUAAUGGUGCUGGACAUGUUCCUGGGAGGCAUCCUGUCCAAUGAGAAAAUGGCAGGCAUGUUUUCUUACGAGAGUUCUGAAGUGGACUGGUGUGAAGACAAUUACAGGCACUCUGAGAAUGUUGUCGAGUACUUUAACACGAUGAGCAGCUUCAUCUUCUUCGUAGUGGCUCCUAUAAUGCUCUACCUGCUGCACCCCUAUGCUAAGGAGAGGAACCUGGCCGUGCACCUGGUGUGGCUCAUGAUGAUCUUCGUGGGCCUGUUCUCCAUGUACUUCCACAUGACCCUGAGCUUCAUGGGGCAGAUGCUAGACGAGCUGUCCAUCCUCUGGGUUUUGGCCAUCGGCUACUCUGUCUGGUUUCCACGCAAACAUUUUCCACACUUUGUUAAAGACAGCAGGACCACAUUCUGUCGCCUGGUCCUGGUGAGCACCGUCGUCACCACGCUGCUGUCGUUUGUCAAGCCCACUGCCAAUGCCUACGCCCUCAACUUCUUCGCCCUGCACAUCCUCUACUCGGUGUGUGUGGAGGUAAAGAGCUGUACAGACCAGCGGGUGCUGCGUUUGGCACGCGCCUCCAUCGGCCUGUGGGCACUCGCCAUCUCCUGCUGGAUCAGCGACCGCUUCGGCUGCAGCUUCUGGCAAAAGCUCAACUUCUGCUACUUGCAUGGCAUCUGGCACAUCCUGAUCGUGGUUGCUACGGCGUACGGCAGCACGCUAAUCGCCUACCUCGACGCCAGCCUGGAGAUCCCGUAUUCUUACCCUGACCUGCAGUAUUGGCCUCGUAAUAACUGGGCUCUCGGGCUGCCCUAUAUCGCCUUGAAGGUCACACCCAAGACGCAGAAAAAUUGUUAGUGAAGAGACGAAUGAGGAGAAAAGGACAGCGAUGGUUUGUGUAGAAUGGAGGGGUUUUUUGUUUUUUGGUUUUUUAGCUGCCUCACUGAAAAACUAUAAAUCCUGCAGAACUUGACGUUCAGUAUAUAAAUACAGUCAGGGCUCGUUCAUGUGUGUGUGCAUGAUUACACUAUUUGACUGUGAUGUGGAAGUUUCAAAAUGCCAUAUUUUAUUCAGAAUAGAACAUAGAUGACAUAUCAAAUGUUUAAACUGAGAAAAUGUAUCAUUUAAAGAGAAAAAUUAGUUUUAAAUUUCAUGACAACAACACAUCUCAAAAAAGUUGGGACAAGGCCAUGUUUCCCACUGUGAGACAUCCCCUUUUCUCUUUACAACAGUCUGUAAAUGUCUGGGGACUGAGGAGACAAGCUGCUCAAGUUUAGGGAUAGGAAUGUUAACCCAUUCUUGUCUAAUGUAGGAUUCUAGUUGCUCAACUGUCUUAGGUCUUUUUUUGUCGUAUCUUCCGUUUUAUGAUGCGCCAAAUGUUUUCUAUGGGUGAAAGAUCUGGACUGCAGGCUGGCCAGUUCAGUACCCGGACCCUUCUUCUAUGCAGCCAUGAUGCUAUAAUUGAUGCAGUAUGUGGUUUGGCAUUGUCAUGUUGGAAAAUGCAAGGUCUUCCCUGAAAGAGACGUCGUCUGGAUGGGAGCAUAUGUUGCUCUAGAACCUGGAUAUACCUUUCAGCGUUGAUGGUGCCUUUCCAGAUGUGUAAGCUGCCCAUGCCACACGCACUAAUGCAACCCCAUACCAUCAGAGAUGCAGGCUUCUGAACUGAGCGCUGAUAACAACUUGGGUCGUCCUUCUCCUCUUUAGUCCGAAUGACACGGCGUCCCUGAUUUCCAUAAAGAACUUCAAAUUUUGAUUCGUCUGACCACAGAACAGUUUUCCACUUUGCCACAGUCCAUUUUAAAUGAGCCUCGGCCCAGAGAAGAUGUCUGCGCUUCUGGAUCAUGUUUAGAUACGGCUUCUUCUUUGAACUAUAGAGUUUUAGCUGGCAACGGCGGAUGGCACGGUGAAUUGUGUUCACAGAUAAUGUUCUCUGGAAAUAUUCCUGAGCCCAUUUUGUGAUUUCCAAUACAGAAGCAUGCCUGUAUGUGAUGCAGUGCCGUCUAAGGGCCCGAAGAUCACAGGCACCCGGUAUGGUUUUCCGGCCUUGACCCUUACGCACAGAGAUUCUUCCAGAUUCUCUGAAUCUUUUGAUGAUCUUAUGCACUGUAGAUGAUGAUAUGUUCAAACUCUUUGCAGUUUUACACUGUCGAACUCCUUUCUGAUAUUGCUCCACUAUUUGUCGGUGCAGAAUUAGGGGGAUUGGUGAUCCUCUUCCCAUCUUUACUUCUGAGAGCCGCUGCCACUCCAAGAUGCUCUUUUUAUACCCAGUCAUGUUAAUGACCUUUUGCUAACUGACCUAAUGAGUUGCAAUUUGGUCCUCCAGCUGUUCCUUUUUUGUACCUUUAACUUUUCCAGCCUCUUAUUGCCCCUGUCCCAACUUUUUUGAGAUGUGUUGCUGUCGUGAAAUUUCAAAAUGUCUCACUUUUGACAUUUGAUAUGUUGUCUAUGUUCUAUUGUGAAUACAAUAUCAGUUUGAGAUUUGUAAAUUAUUGCAUUCCGUUUUUAUUUACAAUUUGUACUUUGUCCCAACUUUUUUGGAAUCGGGGUUGUAAAAUGCUGCAUGUAUUGUGUAUUUUAUUACGUCAUACUGAAACAUCUUCUUCAAGGUGAUGAGAUGAAGUUUCCUCACACAGCCAGAGCAUGAUACGGAUUGAAACGAGUUUUCUUCAGACUCGGUGUUUUUCUACAAAGAGUUUGUGAAGACUGAAUAUUUAUAUUCAUGUUUUUCUGAUGAUAUUCGGUGUAUGAACUGCUUUGAUGGCUGAGUUAAAGAUAAGGUUUCAGCAUACUAAUGUGUGUGUGUGUGUGUGUGUGUGUGUGUGUGUGUGUGUGUGUUGUAAAAUGUGGCGCUCUUUGUGACGCAUUUACUCAGGAACCAACUUCAUAAGUCUCUACACUAAUUUUAUAUAUGUAUGUUUAUAUAAAAUAAAGUAUUCAGCAGUUUUAAGAAGAAAAAAAAACGCCGUUCCGGACAAAAAUUCUUCAUCUCCUGUGAUGGUGCUGAAGCUGUAGGAGAUGAAGGUUGACUGUUCGUUUGUUGUUUUGUUUUAAACUAAUAAAUGUUGAAUGCAUGACGUUAA